AGUGAGAUCUCAUUUGCCAAAAAUGUAAUACUAGGAAGCGUGGUGAAGGACGCGGGGAGCGGUGCCGGCGUACCGUGAAGGAUGGUGUAUCGACGAUUUCAGCAACGUCCGAGGCAGCGAGGCAACGCCUUCGAGAAGAUGAAGCAACAGACACUAAAUGCUGAACUGGUCUGCAAACUGAACGCGUGCGCGACGAUCUUUGCCAUAAAUGACUCGAUCCUGCUUGUGCUAGAGCUUCGUUAGCCCUUAAAAAGCGCUAAUAUGCACAUCAACGAUUGCGAUGUGCAUUCCUACUAUUUAGCGGCGGUAGCAUCUUGCUGAUGCGCAUUAAGAACGAACAUCGAUAAAAGCUGUAGCCAUUGAACGAGCAGGGAACGAGAUUGUAGUCAUCAUCAUGCUCCUAAUUUUGGACAUAGGAGAGAGCACGGGAUCCGACCAACUUAACAAAAUUUCGUGGUCGUGCUCGUCGCGUUCGAUGGAACCCAGACGUACUGACGUACACAAAAUGCAUCA